AUGCCGUUACAGGAAAACACGCGCCGCAUGGCAGCCACCAUCGAUCGCGAGGCCUUUUACGUCGGCCCCAUGGCUCGCGCCGAAGCAGAAAGCCGCCUGCGCAAUGACCCGGUUGGUACCUUUAUCUUUCGGGCCAGUGAAACUCGUGAUGGCCUCUCCAUGUCGAUCAAAACAAACGACAAGAUUAAGCACUACAUGGUAGCUUUGCGCGAAGACGAUCGUUAUGUUGUUGUGGGCAAGCCCAACGACUUUGGCAGCAUUCGUGAGCUGAUUCAGUUCCACUCACAAGUCCCACCCAGCGAAACGGACGGCGUCCUUUUGCUCCCCCCGCCUGCGCCCCCGGUUCCCCCACCGCGUGGUUCUAUGGUUGACGAGGACGAGGACCCUUAUGCUUCACUCGAGUCCACCAAGGUUGAUGCAUCAGCUCAAGCGCAUGCCAAGGCCCGAGCACAACAACGCCUUAAAGAGCACCAGCAAUCUCUUUCUGCCUCGCAAUCAUCGGGAAAGCAUGCAUACGAGGGCGAUUUCACCCCUCUACGUAUGAACAAGGAGUAG